AUGUCAACCUCGAGCAGCAACAAAGACACUCUUACACAACGCAAGUCCCAUGCUGACGUUCAAGUGAGCCAGUUCAGAGAGCUUCGAACGAUCACAUCAGCACACGGUGCUCCGAUUAGAUUCGUGGAUGCCAAGAGUGCAACUUCUGAUCAGCAGGUGCUGGCUGAAAUUGGUUACAAGGAAGAGCUUAAGAGAGAAUUUUCAACAUUGCAAAUUUUCGGUGUAGCAUUUUCUAUCAUGGGUCUGCUGCCUUCGAUUGCCUCUACUAUGGAUGGUGGUUUACUGGCAGGUCCAGUGGGUUUGAGUUGGGGUUGGUUCAUAGCAGGUGGCUUGAUUUUGACAAUCGGUAUUGCGCUGGCAGAAAUUUCCUCAUCAAUGCCAACUGCAGGUGCGGUGUAUGUUUCCUGCUACCAAUGGGCGCCUGAAAGAGUCAGAAAGUGCAUUAGUUAUUCCGUCGGUUUCCUAGAUACUCUUUCUCUUUGUGCUUCCGUUUGUUCUAUCGUGUACGGUUUAGCACAGCAGAUUUUAUCAGCUGUUGUGGUGUCGAACCCUGAUUUUAACGUGACUGAUCCCAUCACUUAUGGUGUUUUUGCAGCAUGCAUUAUUGCCAUGGCAUCGCUGACAUCUGUGGCGUCAGGCUGGACAGCCAAGUUGCAAACUUUUUCCAUCAUCUCGAAUUGUUUCUUGAUCAUUUUGUUUUUCAUCGCGGUGCCUAUCGGUGUAUCCCGCUCUGAUACGCUGGGCCGCAAAUUCAACGAUGGUAAAUUUAUCUUCGGAAAGUUCCAAAACUUCACUGACUGGAACAAUGGCUGGAGUUUCUGUAUCAACGGUUUAACCCCUGCUAUCUGGACCAUUGGCGCAUAUGACUCCUGUCUACACAUGGCAGAGGAAGCACGCGAUGCUGUGCGCGCCGUGCCUAUUGGGAUUGUGGGAUCCAUUGCUUCGUGUUGGAUUCUUGGUUGGUUAAUCUGUAUUGUCCUUUUGGCUUGCAUGGACCCCAAUGUCGAUAACAUUAUUAACUCUGCUUACGGUCAAGGUAUCACUCAAGUUUUCUAUGAUGCUCUAGGCAAGCGUUGGACUUUGGCCUUCUUGAGUUUGAUCAUUGUUUGUCAAUUCCUAAUGGGUGCCUCUACAGUCAUUGCCAACUCGAGACAAUUCUGGGCUUUUGCAAGAGACGACGGUAUUCCUUUCAGCAACUUUUUCAAAAAAGUCAAUGGAAGAGUCGCAGUGCCAAUUCGUGCCGUAUGGGGUUCGAGUGCGCUUUCUCUAGCCUUGGGAUGUUUGUGUCUCGCUGGCGAUACCGCCGCCGAUGCCCUUUUCAGCUUGUCCAUUGCUGGUAUGUACAUGGCCUUGAUUUUCCCUAUCACGCUAAGAUUGACGUAUGGUAGAAAAGACUUCAGACCUGGUCCAUUUUAUUUGGGAGACUUCUGGUCCCCAAUAAUCAACUGGAUCUCGGUGUUUUUCCAGGGCUUUGUUAUUUUAAUGGUCAUGUUCCCCUCACAACAACACGGCAACAACGCUCAGAACAUGAACUACACAGUUGUAAUCGGGCCAGGCUUUUGGGUGCUGUCUCUAAUAUACUACUUCGUCUGGCAGAGGAAGCACUACGAGGGUCCAAAGUCGAACUUGACAGACGACGAAUUCCAGAAGUACGUUGGUGAUGAUGUAAUAGACGCUAUUAUCUCUUCAAACAUCGACACCCACAACGAAGGAAUGGCUUAA